CUUCCAAGCUCCUUUCAUAGUAAUGAUUCUGCAGCUUGCUCCUUUUCUCUUUCCCUCUCUCAUCUUCUCACAGAUUCAAAACAAAAUUUGAAUACACCUUCUUUUGAUCUUUUCCAUCUUCUCUCUCACGCGCAGCGACGCACAAGCACCCGCAUAUAAAUCGUUUUAAUGCCUCUGCAUCUUCCUCUUUCUCAGUGUCUGUAAAGAUCUUUGUUUCUAUCAGUAGUAAGAGCGGAAAGUUUUGUGUCCCAGAUCCCUAUAUAAGGCUUCUCUCUCUCCCUCUCCCCGAAAACGAUAAACCGUCCAAUUCUCUCUCCUGGCAAAACACGAUCUCCCACCAAAGCUCCCUCCUCUAAUUCGUGCCUUAGAGUGGUCCUCAACUCUCACAUCUUUUUCCCUUUAUAAUUCGCUGCCUCGUCUUCAAUCCUUUUCGCGUUAAUCAAUUCACUUGCCUGUUGGCUGUUGCUUCUGCUCUGUGCCUUUACUUCAUUCAUAUCAGGAAAUGCAAUCAGAACCGAGCUUGGGAAUGAUGGGCGGUGGUUUUAACGGAGACAUGACUUCCGGUGACCACCUCCGACAACUCAAGGCGGAGAUAGCCACUCACCCUCUCUAUGACCAGCUUCUCGCUGCGCACGUUGCUUGCUUACGUGUCGCCACUCCCAUCGAUCAGCUUCCACUCAUCGACGCUCAGUUAUCGCAGUCACAUCAUAUCCUCCGCUCAUACGCCUCGCAGCAAACCCAUACCCUUUCACUUCCUGAGCGUCAGGACCUUGACAAUUUCCUGGCACAAUAUUUGUUAGUGUUGUGUUCUUUCAAAGAACAGCUUCAACAACAUGUCAAAGUUCAUGCUGUCGAAGCUGUCAUGGCCUGCCGUGAUAUUGAAAAUACCCUACAAGCUCUCACCGGUGUAAGUCUGGGUGAGGGAAGCGGUGCAACAAUGUCAGAUGAUGAAGAUGAUUUGCCGAUGGAUUUUUCUUUAGAUCAAUCCGGCGCUGAAGGUCACGACAUGAUGGGAUUUGGUCCAUUGCUUCCCACGGAAUCUGAAAGGUCACUGAUGGAAAGAGUUCGUCAGGAACUAAAGAUUGAGCUGAAGCAGGGUUUCAAGUCAAGAAUUGAAGAUGUCAGGGAGGAAAUAUUAAGGAAAAGAAGAGCAGGGAAGUUACCUGGUGACACAACCUCAGUGUUGAAGAACUGGUGGCAGCAACAUUCAAAGUGGCCCUACCCAACUGAAGAUGACAAGGCAAAACUAGUGGAGGAGACAGGUCUGCAGCUGAAGCAGAUCAAUAAUUGGUUCAUCAACCAAAGAAAACGCAAUUGGCACAGCAACUCUCAGUCAGUCACCUCUUUGAAAUCCAAACGCAAGAGGUAGACCCUACACCUGAGGGAUCGAACACCCAACAACAACAAAAACGGUCUAAUUACAACUUUAUGCUAUAGUGUAGCCUUCGAGAUAUACAUGAUGGUAUGGAACUGUGGUGUAACUUUUUAACUCUGAUGUAUCUGUUUCUUUAUUAGCGAGGAAAAUGGUUCUUAAUCCCUUCUUGUAUUUUGUAAAUCGUUGUUUGCAACGUUUCUCAGUCCCGACCAGCUGAACAAGUAUUAGUGCAUUAACAUAUAGCGCUUGCAGUUGCAGGCUUUGCUUUGCGGUUCA